AUGGUCAAGAUCAAAAAUCGCUACUAUGUUGUUCGAAUUCUGGGCGCAGAUGUUGAGAAGAUUCGAAAAGGUGCGAUUUUUGCCGAAAUUAUGAGAUUGGGAGCCGAGAUGUUUGGGGAUUUCGGAUUUGCCGUGCUGAAAAUGAGCUUGAGUGUGAGUUCUAGCUGAAAUUUGGGGAAAAACUACGAUGCUCCACGUUUACGCCGUCGAAAAUGAUGGAUUUUGAGCCAUUUUUCGACGAUUUUGAAGGUGUAAACGCGGAGCAUCGUUUGAAAAUCUAGAAAAACAACGAAGCUCCGGGUUUACGUCAUUAGAAGCAAAAUUUUCAAAUUUUGAAAUUUGGCCGCAAAAUUUUAAUUUCUAAAAAAAAUUUGAAUUCAAAAUUUGGCGGGAAAAAUCCACGUGGAAAAAAUUUCAAAAUUGGAGCAAAACUACGAUACUCCACGUUUACACCAUCAAAAAAUGAGGUGUAAACGCGGAGCAUCGUUGUUUUUUCUUGAAACCCCGGGUUUUUGGCUCAAAAUUCAUCAAAUUCCGGGGUGUAAACGCGGAGCAUCGUAGUUUUCCUUGAAAACCCAGGUUUUUGGCUCAAAAUCCAUCAAAUUUAGGGGUGUAAACGCGGAGCAUUGUAGUUUUUCUCAAAAAAUCCACUUCUUGGGCUCAAAAUGCUCCAAAAAUCAUGAUUUUCAGCUCAAAAUCCAUCAAAUUUAGGGGUGUAAACGCGGAGCAUCGUAGUUUUUCUCGAAAAAUCAACUUCUUGGGCUCAAAAUGCUCCAAAAUUCAUGAUUUUCAGCUCAAAAUCCAUCAAAUUUAGGGGUGUAAACGCGGAGCAACGUAUUUUUCCUUGAAAACCCAGGUUUUUGGCUCAAAAUCCAUCAAAUUUAGGGGUGUAAACGCGGAGUUUCGUUGUAUUUCUCAAAAAAUCAACUUAUUGGGCUCAAAAUGCUCCAAAAUUCAUGAUUUUCAGCUCAAAAUCCACGAAUUUUUCCAGAUCCGCGUCCAAGACGAAGAUAUUGUCGUAAUUCGAAUCGCCGAAUCCGGCGAAUCACAUUUCUCAGCAAUUCUACCCUGCAUUCAAAAAUUCGCCAAUCAACCAGUGCUUCUGACAACAAUCUUCACCGGAAAUUCGAUGCGAUCUUGUGAGAAGCGGCUAAUUCGCGAACGACGCGCCGAAUUACACGCAAAGCUUGCGGAAGCUCGCGGAAAUGCGGCCGAGACGCGGAAGAUUCAGCAGAUGAUUCGAAAGAUUUGCGGAAAACCCGCGAGGAUUUUUGAGGAGAAAUUGGAUUUUAAGAAAUAUGAUUGAAAACUACGACGCUCCGCGUUUACGCCAUCAAAAUUCGCUUCAUUUUUAGCCAAUUUUGCCUUAAAAUGGCUCAUUUUUGAUGGCGUAAACGCGGAGCAUCGUAGUUUUCCCGGUUUUUUUUUCACCCCAAAAAUUGUUAUUUUUUGUAUUUUUCACGUGACCUCUAAAAAAUUUUUUUUUCGAAAAAAAAAUUUUUUUUUCUCAUUUUCUAACAAAAAUGAACCAAUUCUUAUUGAUUUUCCUAAUUUUUGCCAAAUUUGAGAUUACUGUAGCUACAGUAACCACGGAAUCUUUUUCGAAUUCUACAGUACUCCAAGAUUCGAAUUCUACAGUACUCCAGGAUGCUGUGACUACUACUGUACCUAUAACUACAGUAACCCAGAAAUCAACUCAAGGAUCUACAGUACCUAUAACUACAGUAACCCAGAAAUCAACCAAAGGAUCUACAGUAAUCCAGCAAUCGACUACAACGGGGAGGUUGAGUACAGUAACCCAGAAAUCGCCUACAAAGUUGACUACAGUAACCCAGGCUCCUACAGUAACCCAAGCUCCUACAGUAGAGGAGGCGAAGCAAGUGGAUAGGUGAGUAAAACGUAAAAACAACGAUGCUCCGCGCUUACGCGGUGAAAAAUGAAGAGUUCUGAAGGUGUAAACGACACUCCACGUUUACACCCUCAAAAUUGAUGGUUUUUGGCUCAAAAUGCGUCAUUUUUCGCCGCGUAAACGCGGAGCAUCGUUGUUUUUCACUGAAUUCCAUCGUUUCAGACACUAUUUGCUGAAAUAUCAACUCCUUGUCUGCUCAAUAAUGCUCAUAGCCAGCGCCGUAUCGAUAAUUUCAACGAUUUUUGCGCUGAAAAAUCUGAAAAACGCGAAAUCCGCGCUGAUUCGAUUGGAUCUGUCGGGAUCGAGAGAAACGAGCUGA